GGGUUAGGAAAUGUAAUUGAAUUCUGCAUUAUUUAAAGUAGAAAACAAGAGGAAUAUAGUAAAGGAAGGAUGGGUUUGACGGCAUCGGAGAUAGCGAAGAAGUUGAAUCUGCAGCCUCACCCAGAAGGUGGCUUUUACGCGGAGACAUUCAGAGAUCAUUCCCUCCUUCUUUCGACGUCUCAGCUUCCCCCUCAAUACAAAGUCGAUCGCCCUGUAUCCACUUCCAUUUACUUUCUCCUUCCUUCUGGAAGCAUCUCUCGCCUCCAUCGCAUACCCUGCGCUGAAACCUGGCAUCAUUAUAUCGGCGACCCUAUCACCAUAGUGGAACUGAACGAGAACGAUGGUAGUGUUAAGUUGACUUGUCUUGGAUCCGAUCUGGGAGAGAAUCAGGUACCGCAGUACACGGUGCCUCCCAACGUCUGGUUUGGUUCGUUUCCCACUAAGGAUUUCACCAUCUCUGCGGAUGGAGCGUUUCUCGGUGCUGCUGCGGCUAGAGAUAGUGAGAGCCACUACUCUCUUGUAGGGUGCACUUGUGCACCUGCUUUUCAGUUUCAGGACUUCGAACUCGCAAAACGUUCUCAUCUCAUCCACCGCUUUCCCCAUAUGGAGCCUCUCGUCACUGCUCUCACAUUUCCCGAGUGACCACUCCACUCUCCUUUUGUUACUAUCAGUUUUCAAUCUUAACAUCGUAAUGUAAUAUUGCCACCCCUGGUUGUUGCGUGUUUAAUGUUAGGGCUUGUUUGUUUCAAAAUAGAGUGAGUUUU